AUGGAGAGUGACACGCAGAAACUCAAUCUGAAGAGGGAAUUGGGGAUUAUCGGGGCGGUGUCAUUCAUUGCUGGAACCAUGAUGGGAUCUGGAAUUUUUAUAUCCCCCCAAUAUGUGCUGUCUGUUAUUGGCAGCCCUGGAGCUAGCUUGGUUAUAUGGGUCUGCUGCGGGUUGAUAUCCAUGAUGGGAGGCCUCUGUUAUGCUGAACUGGGCACAGUCAUACCAGAGUCUGGAGCAGAAUAUAUCUACAUACUGCGGACAGCAGGAAAAGUGAUGGCUUUUGUGUUUGUCUUCAGCUUUGUCAUUGUCAUGAGGCCUGCCAGUGCCACAGGAAUCGCGUUGAGCUUUGCUGAAUAUGUUGUCGCACCAUUUUACAGUGGCUGCACCCCUCCACAGCUGGUGUUGAAGUUGGUGGCUGCAACAGCUAUCGUAGUGCUGUCCGUGGUGAACUGUAUGAGCGUCCGCUUGGCCACCACCAUCCAGGUGCUUUCCAUGGUUGUGAAAUUGCUGGCGAUGGCUGUGAUCAUAUUGGGAGGUGUUGUGAAGCUUUUCCAAGGACACACUGAGAACUUUAAUAACUCCUUUGAGGGAACUAAUGUUGAUGUCAGCUCCAUUGGCAUUGCUUUCUAUCAGGGCCUGUGGUCCUAUGAUGGUUGGAAUACUUUGAAUUUUUUAACUGAAGAAGUGAAACAUCCAGAAGUGAAUCUUCCCAGGGCAGUAGUGAUAGCCAUCUCUCUGGUGACUGGCUUGUAUCUGCUGGUGAAUGUGAGCUACCUGACGGUGAUGACUCCCAAAGAGCUCAUGUCCUCCAGUGCAGUAGCAGUAACGUGGGGGAAUAAGGUGUUGGGGAGCUGGGGCUGGAUCAUGUCUGUGGCUGCAGCCUUGUCUGCUUUUGGUUCACUGAAUGGGACGUUCUUCAGUGGUGGCCGUGUGUGCUUUGUUGCUGCCAGGGAAGGACACAUGCCAGAUAUUCUGUCCAUGGCUCACGUCCACAGACUGACUCCAUCUCCAGCGCUGAUCUUUACCACUGUCGUCUCUCUGCUGGUGCUGAUCCCUGGAGACUUCCAGAGUAUUGUCAACUUUUUCAGUUUCACUGCCUGGUUUUUCUAUGCCAUCACCCUGUCUGGACUUAUCUAUCUAAAGAUUAAGAAACCAGAGCUCCCCAGGCCAUACAGGGUUCCCAUUAUACUCCCCAUACUGGUCCUCAUUGUGGCGAUAUUCCUUGUGCUGGCACCCAUCAUAGACAAUCCUCAGAUUGAAUACCUCUAUGUGACUUUAUUUAUCUUAAGUGGAGCUAUUGUCUACAUACCAUUCAUCCAUUACAAGCUCUGCCCGGGGCUGUUGACCAGGUUAACAGUGUUCCUGCAGCUGUUCUUAGAGGUCGCCCCAGCAGAGAAAAACCUGUGAUUUGGGUAAAAGAAAAAGGUGUUUUUAAACUUUCCUUCUGCAGUGAAAAACUACGGUUUACAUUUAAUAAAUGCUUAUCACAUUUGUGUCUUUGAAUUUUAGUAAUCUGAUGUAUUGCACUUUCGAUAGGUGCAUGUAGUACAUGCUUUAUGUUUUCAGAAAUA